AACACUGACUAUUAUAAUUCAAAUUUCAAUUACAUACAUAUUCUUAGAAUUCAGGGUUCACUCAAGUUUCAAAGCCAAAAAUGUCAACCACCAUUGAUGUCCCAGAAUCAAACAAUGUUGCUAAAGAAAAAGUACUUUUAUUAGGUGCACGUCCAAGGCCAGGAGGGUGGAAGAAAGGUGUAGCAAUAAUGGACUUUAUUCUAAGGUUAGGUGCCAUAGCAGCUGCUCUUGGUGCUGCUGCCACUAUGGGAACCAGUGAUCAAACACUCCCUUUCUUCACUCAGUUCUUUCAGUUUGAAGCAAGUUAUGAUAGCUUCACUACUUUUCAGUUUUUUGUUAUUACAAUGGCACUUGUGGCUGGCUAUCUUGUCCUGUCGCUACCUUUCUCUAUAGUAGUCAUCAUACGCCCUCAUGCAGUUGGACCAAGGCUUUUUCUCAUCAUCUUAGACACAGUGUUUCUGACUUUGGCCACCGCUAGUGGUGCUUCAGCUGCUGCCAUCGUUUACUUGGCACACAACGGGAAUCAAGACUCGAACUGGCUUGCUAUCUGCAACCAAUUUGGAGAUUUUUGCGCGCAAACAAGUGGAGCAGUGGUUUCAUCCUUGGUUUCCGUGGUUAUUUUUGUGUUGCUCAUUGUUAUGUCUGCUUUGGCACUUAGAAGAAAUUAAAAUAUUAAGAUCGAUGCAAUCUCAUGCAGGGAUUAAGUUCUAACCUGCUGCAUUAGUUAUUGUUUAGUUAUUGUUAUGUUUGGUUUAUUCCUGAAUUAUUCUUCUUUUGCUUGUGAUGUUAAUUUUCUUUCAUGAAGUACUGAUGUGCCAAAUUGAUUAUUUGCAAUGAUUCGGACAAAAUGUUUUGGAUGGAAUAUUACUUAUGACGUUUGUAAUUAAUGUCAGAAGUUUGAGCCUAA